CAGACAUGCUCCAUGCUUCAUGAUCACAUAUUGUACACGACGGUGUGUGUAGCGAUUUCGCUCUUGCCUGUGCAGUUUUAUCUGUAGGUUACUGACUACCUUUGCGCACCUUGCACGUUUCAUACGAUUUGGAUGGUGCGGUGCCUGAUGGAAUAAUCGUUAUUAAAUAUUUCCACAGGAUUGUCAUUUUUGGCUAGAACUCAUAUAAUAUUAUCAUGAUGUUCAGGUGGGAUUAGCGGAUUUAUCCGCCGUCUGACCAUGAGGAUCGGCGUUAAAUAGCGACUACCAUCGUCUCCAGCAUCUUAACCAUCAUCACGCCAAGGCCAACAACGGCUUGACUCGAGAGAUUUUUCGUGAGGUUGUUGUAGGAAAAAUGAAGGUGAUUGUGCGCUUUGAAGAUACGAGGAUUACGGUGCCUUGUGGAAAUGGGGACAUGUUGGUCAAAGAUCUUGUCCAUGAAGCGGUCUCACGCUACAAAAGAGCUACGGGAAAGGGUUCAAAGGUCAAGAUACGCAUACACACCGUUAAGACAGCCAGCGACGAGUCUAUACUGGAUUUUAGUGACCAGAUUGGAGCUGUGGUGGACGACCGCGAACAGAUUAUUGCCGUGUUCGACGAGGAAUCGGAUGAAUUGGAUAUGCAUUUAGCCAGCGACGGAAUGAGUGCUGGAUCCAGUUCUACCGAUACGUGGCGUCCCGACAGUGAAAACAGUGAGAAGAUCGGCCAUCCCAGUGAUCUGGCUGCAGUUAGUAAACUGACCCCCACCGAGCGCUGGCUUCUCGAUCGUCCAGUGCAUCUGACCGAUGAUCAAAAUGGAAUUGAAAUCAAAGAUGAUGAUGAAGUCACUGUCAAACCUGGCCUGACAUUGUCGGUUCGGCGAGGGAGUGAUUCUAAUCUUGACAACGUGAAAGAUCUCGAUGAAGACAUCCUGAUUCCUCAGUCUCAGCUUAAACGCUGGUCAACAGCGGCGGCCGUGUACGGACAGGAGUCGCGGACCAAGAGCACUCUUCCACUUAUGUCUCAGACUUCUCGAGGGCAUAACCUGCUCGUGCGGCCUGAAGACAGCGGUGGUGGAAAGAGUGAUUUCUCAGCAGGCAACAAGGACCAUCUGCCAGUGCAUUUCAGUCAGAAAUGCUCAUCGUCAGGUGUAAAAUUGCCCGUACAGCACGAAAUCAAUGAAGCAGAGGAUAGCGGUGUAGUUGGCGCUGCUCCGACUGUAACGACUACCACGGUAGCCGUCACGCUUGUUCCCCGGCCUAACGAACCGGUUGGGCUGCAUCUGGUUCCGGAGCACGAUAUAAAGGGACUGAAAAUACAGGCCAUUGAUAGGAAUUCCGUGGCCGAAGCGACACACUUGCUACACUUGGGCGAUUACAUACUGGAUGUUAAUGGACAGCGCGUGGACGAUCUGGAUUUUGGGAGAGCGCAAGAAAUCUUACGUACAGCGGUGGCUCAAGGCGGUGCUGUGAAAAUUCGUGUCUGCUCAACUGCAACAACAGCACGCGCUAUUUCACCAUCAUCUUACGACGCGGUAGUCGAGAAAACAACUCUCGAGACAGUUGUGCUGCAGCAACGCAAACGAACACCGCCGCCAUUACCACCCAAACCCAAAUUACCAUAUGACAUUGAGACCAUGCUGCAACGGGCCAACGGCGACGGGGGAAUGCUGGAUUAUACACCGGAUGUGGUCAAUAAUGAUUAUCACACAGCAGAAGGACUGUAUUCUUAUGGAUCGCUGCGACGGCCAGGCAGGAAGCUGACCAUUGAUUUGCUGAAAGGCCCCGAAGGAUUAGGGUUCACUGUGACGACCCGUGAUAAUCCGGCCGGUAGUGUAUGUCCGAUUUAUGUCAAGAGCAUCUUACCGAAAGGUGCGGCGUUCAAAGAUGGUCGUCUGAAGAGUGGCGACCGUCUGCUGGAAGUCAAUGGGCAGGACUUGACCGGCAAAUCACAAGAUGAUGUCGUCGGGUUGCUGCGCGGGAUUCCCUACAAUGCCGAAGUGGUGUUGGUGGUGGGACGUCCCGAAGCGACGCCCAUCAGUCCCGUCUUGCCUCGCAUAUGGGAGGGCCCUACGGAAAUGCUCACGUCGGAAAAUAAGGAAGAAUUAGCGCGGAAAAAUAUGGAGAUUUUGACACUGGAUGUGCCGCUGCAGGACUCGGGGUCGGCGGGUUUGGGCAUUCGGGUCAAGGGGAAAGCGACAGUGGUGGACGGUGAAAAUCGGGACGAAGGGAUUUUUGUCAUGAAUGUUAUCACCGGUGGUGCCGCAUCGAAGGAUGGCAGAAUUCAGCCUAUGGACCAGCUAAUCCGGAUAAACGGCAUUUCUCUGCUGCAUCAGUCAAAUCAGGACGCAAUGGAAACGCUGCGAAAAGCUAUGCAGGAACAUGGCUCUUCCUCUCCCGUAAUGAGCAUCACUGUGGCCCGGGAGGUGCGGCCGGAUGGGUCUGCUGGUCAAGAAGAAGCUCAGCGCUUCCCGGUCACUGGCGGAAUGGCGGACCCAGCGGCAUUAAGCCAUGUUAUUCAUGUGCCAAAUUCUCAGGAUACUGCUACCGUCUCCUCGCCGCACUCCGAUAUUAGUCCGCCGAAACCACCGAGAUUGUACCAGAACCUGACUUCGGUUACCAUUAACGGGCGAAAAGAUGAUCUGAUUUUGAUUGAGGGCGAUGAUAGUUUUUCCGAGAGCGUUCCGAAUUCGGCGGCUUCCACGGCAUUCCACCACAACCGGCUCGAUGAACUGAAGGAUCCUUACGAUGCCGAUGUAUCUAUGGAUUAUGAUCCAUUUAAUCGUGAAAGUUUCGCUCGUCAGAGCAUGUCGGAGAAGCGCCAUGCUCACCUGGAUCCGCGUCACUUGGAGACGUACCGGAAGUCCAAAGCCGCCUUAGCCCACUUCCAUUCAGCCGCCAAAUCUCACACCCCCUCCCCCAGUAAUCCCGCCGAGAUGGAACAGAAACUACGGCGCGCCAAUUCCCUGGAAAGUGUGAUUAAAGGACCGACAGCCGCGGGUGGUCCCGCUCCAACCGCCGCCACACCGCCUUCGCAUAAUGGCCGGCGCUCCAAGAGCAGUGCCAAUCGGAAUCGGGGCUGUAAUGAGAGCUUCCGCGUGGCCGUCGAUCGGUCGUAUGACGCGGAGAAGGAUGAGGAGAACAUUCGGCCCAGUGAUAGUACACCGUCGGUGACGUUUAAGGAGGAGAAUAUCGAGGUGAUGGACAGUAGUCCCAGUGCUGAUGGGAAGAAGCAGAAGAAGCCGGGCUUGCUGCGAGGAUGGUUACGGCGCAGUGGGAAUCGCAAGGGCGACGGAUCGCCGGUGUCGGAAAGUGUCGUGACGACGACGCAGACAUUGUCCAGCAGUAUUCCCGUAUCCCGAUCGGCGCCCAGUGUGCAUGAUGAACAAGCGGCCAAAGCUCGACAAGCGGCGCUUGAAGAGCAACAGAGGAUUAAUGUUCACUACCAGCGAUUCAAAUCGCAACAGCUCCAACAACAGCAGAAAUCUUACCAACAGUUACCCUCUGUUGCCGUCAAGCCAACCACGAAGAAGCCUACGAUGCCUCCGGCUGCUGAACAGAAACCAGUAGUCGUUCACAUUCCAACUAGCGGUCAUCCACCACCAAGAAAUUCGAAGUCAGAGAAUAUGUAUGGUGUCGUAACGAGUGAUCCUUACGGGCAUUACAUGAACUAUGAUGAGAUUCAAAAAGUUAUAAAAAGGCGACCCAAUACACACGCCCAGCCCGUAGCUCUCCAGCGUCAGCGGCCUGUGUCCAAUUUUUUCGAGUAUGGAGCGGUGCCCGGUAAUGGGGUCUAUGCUCAUCCCCGAACUGAAAUACCGAACCACUUGUUGCUGCCGAAUGCAGCGUACAACGCCCCCGCUAGGCCGCUGGGACAAAUUCGAGAGAAUUCCAUGGAGAAAUUAAGUGUUAAUCGUGCUAAUGAUGGAGUGAUUUACGCCGCUGCCAGUCGCCGUGGAAUAGCAAAGCCGCUGGUGACCACCACCACAGCGGCUGCGCUCAUGGGAUCGCAGGUGUAAAUGUCGCCAACCGAUCCUGUGGAGUUUGUUUUUUGUUGUUUGAAAUUUUAAGUUUUUUUCUCUUCAAAAGCAUGCAAUAUUUUUUGAGAGUCGAUUGUGUUCUUCGUGUUUGAUUGGCCGCCAAUUGCGAAAUUUGCUCAGGUUUUAAGAAUUAAUGUGUACAAAUAUCUUCCGAACAUGUUCUGACGGGAUUUUGCUUUAGUCAGCGUACGCUGCUUUUUUCGUGUUUUAAAGUCUGAAUACGUAUUUCUGUUCGAUGCAAAUUGGAACAAAUUGAAUUUUUGAUCUGUUUUCCGGGGCAGUUUGUGCAUGGCAUGGUAUAUUCUGUUUUAGAAUUUCAAAAUUUAUAUGUGUCAUUUGAUAUUUUUUAGAAAAUAAAGCUCAUAUUUUUAUGG